AUGUCGAAUUCCGACCAAGAUGGCAAUGAGAUCCUGCCAGAUGCCCCAGAGCCAGAGACAUCAUGUGCCACUCCACCGGCUCAGGAUAACAGUGAUGCCAAUGGCAAUGCCGAUGAUAAUGCGACAUAUGCUUCCCGAAAGGCGGAGGAAACAAAACCCAAUCCCACAGAGACCGUCAAGCUAGAGAACCUAUUCGACGGCGAUGACUAUGACGAUGAGGAAUUCCCCUCAUCCACUAAUGAUGUGGCUGCCAAAGUGGAGAGCUCUCCAGAGACCCCUGAAUCUGCCGGCCCAGGUCCCACAGGAGUCGACCCUGGAACUAUGUACGCCUUCUACCUACGCCUAUUCCCCUUCAGAUAUCUCUUUCAAUGGUUGAAUCACGCCGUAAAACCAUCACCGGAUUUCGGGAAUCGGGAGUUCGCAUUCACUCUUCAGAACGAUGCGUAUUUACGCUAUCAAUCAUUUCCAAGUGCAGAACUUCUCCGCAAAGAAAUCCUCCACCUAAACCCCUCCCGCUUCGAAAUCGGCCCAGUCUACAGCACUAACCCACGCGACCGCAAAUCGCUCCGAAAAGCCUCCUCCUUCAAACCCAUCGCCAAAGAACUCGUCUUCGACAUCGACCUGACGGAUUACGACGACGUCCGGACCUGCUGCACGAAGGCCAACAUCUGCUCCAAAUGCUGGUCCUUCGUCACAAUGGCCAUAAAGGUCAUCGACACCGCGCUCCGAGAGGAUUUUGGCUUCGAGCAUGUUCUCUGGGUCUACUCGGGUCGGCGGGGGGCGCAUGCAUGGGUAUGCGAUGCCAAGGCCAGAAGUUUGUCUGAUGACCGCCGCAAGGCUAUUGCGGGGUAUUUGGAGGUUGUUCGCGGGGGUAGCCAGAGCGGGAAGAGAGUUAAUAUCAAGCGCCCGCUGCAUCCGCAUGUAGCCCGCAGUUUGGAGAUUUUGAAACCGUACUUCGCCUCCACGAUCCUCGGCGGUCAGGAUACGUUCAGCUCCGCAGCGCAGGCCGAGCAGCUCCUCUCCCUAUUACCUGAUAAACCCCUCGUGGACGCGCUGCGGAAGAAAUGGGACUCCGCACCGGGUCGCUCGAGCACGAGUAAAUGGAACGACAUUGACGCGUUGGCGAAGUCUGUUCGGUCACGCGGGCCGGAUGGCAAGGGGAAGGGCGGUGGUGGUGGGAAAGCACUGGAUACCAAGGCGCUGCUGGAGGCGAAGCAGGAUAUUGCGCUGGAAUAUACGUAUCCGCGCCUGGAUGCGGAGGUUAGUAAGAAACUUAUACAUUUGCUCAAGAGCCCGUUUGUGGUGCAUCCGGGCACGGGAAGGGUUUGUGUGCCGAUUGAUGUGAGGCGGGUGGAGGAUUUUGAUCCGCUGGAUGUCCCUACUGUUAGUCGACUUAUUGCGGAGAUUAAUGAGUGGGAUAAGGAUGAGGGGAAGAGGAAGGGUGAGGGUGCGGUGGUGAAGGAUGAAGAAGUAAAUGGUGAUGGGAUUGAUGGGGUGGGAGGGGGUGUUCCGUCUAGCGUGGCUGAUGUCGAUGGGAAGGGGAGGCGGUUGCAGGAUUACGAGAAGACAAGCUUGAAGCCAUAUAUUGAUUAUUUCCGCUCGUUUGUGACAGGGUUGAUCAAGGCGGAGAGGGCUGGGGUGGAGAAGAGAGAGAGGGCGAAUGAAGAUGGGGACGAGAGUGCUAUGGAGUUUUGA